UGUUUAUCUCGCUCCCUAGGGCGGUGAUGCACGUGUGCUGGCUGGUGGCCAGAGAGCAAUGCCGUCCGCGAAUCAGGCUGCCCCACUUGGGAGCGGUGGUGGUUGGACGUGGCCCCGAGACUGGAAUAACAGAUAAGAAGUGUUCCCGGCAGCAAGUACAAUUAAAAGCAGAUUGUAAUGAGGGUUAUGUCACAGUCAAACAGAUAGGGGUUAACCCAACUAGUGUUGAUUUAGUGCAUAUUGGCAAGGAUAAAGAAGUAACAAUGAGGCCAGGCCAAGUUCUGCAUAUUGUGAACAAACUCUACCCCUACACGGUGCAAUUCUCUGAAGAAUCGGGGAAAACUGCUGCAGUAGUAGCGGCGAAAACGCAAGCUGAGAAGAGGCCGUGUGAAGACUCCCGCAAAAAUAGUGAUGAAGAAAAUGUGCCCAAAAAAAAUAUGAAGACAAAGGCAGUGGAUACACCAGGUAGUUCUGCAGAUCGCAAACUGAGCAGUUCCAAUGUAUCCUCAAAUGAGGGGACUUCCAGCAAAAAGGAACAUUCAGGACACUGGAGUCAGGGUCUAAAGAGCUCCAUGCAAGAUCCAAAAAUGCAGGUUUACAAAGAUGAAAAGACUGUAGUCAUCAAAGAUAAAUAUCCCAAAGCACGUUACCACUGGCUCAUCUUACCAUGGGACUCCAUUUCAAGCCUACAGUCAAUCACAAGGGAGCAUCUUGAACUCCUGGAACAUAUGCAUGCAGUUGGGGAAAAAAUGAUUGAGCAGUGCCCUGCUAGAGAGACUUUGGAGUUCAGGCUGGGUUACCAUGCGAUCCCGAGUAUGAGUCAGCUGCAUUUGCAUGUCAUCAGCCAGGAUUUUGAUUCCCCUGCCCUGAAAACAAAAAAGCACUGGAACUCUUUUACUACAGAAUACUUCAUAAACUCCGAAGAUGUGAUAGAGAUGGUAAGAAGCAAUGGGAAAGUAACGGUGAAAGAACACACCUCUGAACUUCUCAGAUUGCCCCUCAGAUGUCACCUUUGCAAACAACAUCUAUCUACUAUGCCAGAGUUAAAGGCACAUCUUGGGAAGCAUUACCCAAAAUGACUUUGCAGAAAACUUGUCCUAGAAUCUGCGUUCAGAUUUUAGGUUAAGACAAAGACGUAGAAAUGCUAAUGAGUGGGCGUGGGUAUCUCUGUUAACUGGAAUGACAAAUGUAAUAUGGGCAAAAUGUAGCCUGAAAGCAGCAGCAUGUUAUCUUUAUAAUAGUGUAAAGAAAAACAAAUGAAUCAACUUCUUAAAUUGAAAA